AUGCUAAAAUUUUUACAUUUAAUAAGUGCAAAAAAAGAGAAAUCUCACAAUUGUGAUCAUUUAAUGCAACACCAUGUAACUGACGAAAUAUUUACAAGAAUUGAAAAAAUACAUGGGGAUAAAAAAUCCUUUAGUAAAUUCAACUGA